UGGGCUUUGUUCUCCUGGCCCCCCCAAGGUGCUCCACCCCCGCUCUGGGCCCAGCUGUAAACCCUCCUUGGGCGCACACUGAGCAUGCGCACAAACACCUGCUGAAACCCUCCCUUACCUGGGCUGGAGAGGGCGGAAGCGCGCCCCGGGGCAGGCUGGGAGUUGUAGUUCCUGACUCUCCCGGGAGCGGAAGUGACCCGCUCACUGGCUGCUGCGGGGCCGGGCUGGGCCGAAGGGUCUGUGCCGGGGAGACCUUCAUCCACCCCCCGGGCCCGGCCCGGGCCCCGCUCCCGACGGAGCCGCCCCGGGCUCCGCCCGCCCCGCUGCGGAGCUGCAGCCUCCAGGGGCCAGUGACUUUCGAGGAAGUGGCUGUGUAUUUCACCAAGGGAGAAUGGGCUCUGCUGGACCCCACUCAGAGAGCCCUCUACAGAGAUGUCAUGCGGGAGAACUACGAGACGGUGGUCUUGCUGAUAGGGGUUCCAGUUUCCCAACCUGAUGUGAUCUUGCAGCUGGAACGAGGGGAAGAGCCUUGGGUCCCAGACCUCCAGGGCUCUGAGAAAGAAGUGCUCCCGAGAGCUGCCUGCACAGGCGCAGGGAGUGACCUAUGUCUGGAUUCUCUCUCUCUCCCAUCAGGUGAUGGGAGGGUGAGUGAGAACGAGGAGGAGAAACCCCAGCAGGAAGAUGCUGAGCCACUAGAACCACGUGGGACGUUAUCAGGAAGAUCCAAAGGGAAUGUUUCCGGGAGUUGUGCACUCCCAGAAAAAGCAAAAGCCUGUGAGAGUCAGCAGAGGCCAGAGGAAAACUUCAGUAGCCACUCAGACCUUAUUACACGUGAGGGAAUCAACUUGGAAGAGACACGCUACACAUGCCAUGAGUGCGGGAAAAGCUUCAAUGGGGGCGCAGACCUUUUCACACAUCAGAGAAUCCACAGAGGAGAGAAACCCUCCAUGUGCUCUGAGUGCGGGAAAACCUUCAAUAGAAGCUCUACCCUUAUCACACAUUGGAGAAUCCACACGGGUGAGAAACCUUAUGGAUGCUCUGAGUGUGGGAAGUGUUUUAAUCGGCGCUCACACCUUACCACACAUCAGACAAUCCACUUUGGUGAGAAACCUUAUGGAUGCUCUGAGUGUGGGAAACACUUCAUUGAUGGUUCAGCCCUCAUCUCACAUCAGCGAAUCCACACAGGACAGAGGCCCUACAUAUGCUCUGAAUGUGGGAAAAGCUUUAAUCAGAGCUAUACCCUUAUCACACAUAGGAGAAUCCACACGCAUGAGAAACCUUAUGGAUGCUCUCAGUGUGGGAAACGCUUCAGUCAGAGCUCACACCUUAUCACACAUAGGAGAAUCCACACAGGUGAAAAACCUUAUGGAUGCUCUGAGUGUGGGAAACACUUCACUCAUAGUUCAACCCUUAUCCCACAUCAGCGAAUCCACACAGGAGAGACACCCUACACAUGCUCUGAGUGUGGGAAAAGCUUUAGUCGACACUCACACCUUAUCAGACAUCGUAGAAUCCACACAGGUGAGAAACCUUAUGGAUGCUCUGAGUGUGGGAAACACUUCACUCAUAGUUCAACCCUCAUCUCACAUCAGCGAAUCCACACAGGAGAGACACCCUACACGUGCGCUGAGUGCGGGAAAAGCUUUAGUCGGCACUCACACCUUCUCAGACAUCGUAGAAUCCACACAGGAGAGAAACCCUACACGUGCACUGAGUGCGGGAAAUGCUUCAGUCGGAGCUCACAGCUUGUCACACAUCAGCGAAUCCACACAGGAGAGAAACCCUACACAUGCUCUGAAUGUGGGAAAAGCUUCAAUCUGAGCUCAAAUCUUAUAUCACAUCGUAGAAUCCACACAGGAGAGACGCCGUACACAUGCUCCGAGUGUGGGAAAAGCUUCAAUCAGAGCUCAAACCUUACUAGACACCAGAAAAUCCACAUAAGAGGGAACUGUAAUAAAUGCCUUGACUAGGGCUGGCCAAAAAAAAAUUGUUUUAAAAAAUCACAUUUGCUAAUUCCCACAUAGUGAUCUUUGAAGCAUCUUCACCAUGGUCUCUCAGCUCCCCCAGAGGAGUUGCCUGCUUCUGCCGUUUGCAGCUCACCCUUCUUUGGGGUCAGUGCUCUGAUCUUUUCUAUUACCUCCUUUCCUUUUGAGUUGUAUGAGUGUGUGUCAUAGAAUCAUAGAAUAUCAGGGUUGGAAGACACCUCAGGAGGUCAUCUAGUCCAGUCCCCUGCUCAAAGCAGGACCAAUCCCCAACUAAAUCAUCCCAGCCAGGGCUUUGUCAAGCCUGACCUUAAAAACCUCUAAGGAGAUUCCACCACCUCCCUAGGUAACACAUUCCAGUGCUUCACCACCCUCCUGGGGAAAUAGUGUUUCCGAAUAUCCAACCUAGACCUCCCGCACUGCAACUUGAGACCAUUGCCUCUUCUUCUGUCAUCUGCCACCAUUGAGAACAGCCUAGCUCCAUCCUCUUUGGAACCCCCCUUCAGGUAGUUGAAGGCUACUAUCAAAUCCCCCCUCACUCUUCUCUUCUGCAGACUAAAUAACCCCAGUUCCCUCAGCCUCUCCUCAUAAGUCAUGUGCCCCAGCCCCCUAAUCAUUUUCGUUGCCCUCCACUGGAUUUACUCCUAUUUGUGCACAUCCCUUCUGUAGUGGGGGGGGACCAAAACUGGACGCAAUACUCCAGGUUUGGCCUCAUCAGUGCCAAAUAGAGGGGAAUAAUCACUUCCCUCAAUCUGCUGGCAAUGCCCCUAAUUAUACAGCCCAAUAUGCCGUUGCCUUUCUUGGCAAUGAGGGCACACUGCUGACUCAUAUCCAGCUUCUCAUCCACUGUAAUCCCCAGGUCCUUUUCUGCAGAACUGCUGCUUAGCCAUUAGGUCUCUAGUCUGUAGCGGUGCAAAUGUUGAACAAAACCGGCCCCAGGACUGACCCCUGGAGCACUCCGCUUGAUACCAGCUGCCAACUAGACAUGGAGCCAACUAGACUAGACGUUGAUCACUACCCAUUGAGCCCGACAGUCUAGCCAGCUUUCUCUCCACCUUACAGUCCAUUCAUUCAAUCCAUACUUUUUUAACUUGCUGGCAAGAAUAGUGUGGGAGACCAUAUCAAAAGCUUUGCUAAAGUCAAGAUAUAUCACCUCCACCACUUUCCCCAUAUCCACAGAGCCAGUUAUCUCAUCAUAGAAGGCCCUCCAGCCCGGAAUGUUCAUCUGCUCCAGGUGGGGGACAAAGGUUUGAUUCCCAACAAGCUACACUGAGGCAAAAACUACCUGUCCCCUACAUCUAGUUCCACUAGAACUGUACAUAGCGUUGGCUGCUCAAGUUAGUGAUCUUGGUGUAAAAAGACAAUUACAGUUGUAGAGCUGAUGCAGCCCAGGUGCAGUGGUUGCAUUAGCUUUCCCCUUGACCUGACCUAAACUCCAUCACUUUUCCUAGUCUAAAGAAACCCUGAGCAUCACGGUUCUACUGUUCCCCCAUUUCAAAGCAAUUGUUAGUCAUCGAGUUCCUGUUUCAUUUCAGGUGGCUCUCAUGUUGCUUCUGGUUGUGCUGGAGAGCAGAUAUUUUUACCACCAUUUUCCUCACUUAAAAUAUAUUGAACUAUAACAAAGAGCAGGAACAGGGCUGGGAUAGGGAAAAAUGUCAUUUCACCCUCUGUAACAACAGAAGAAGAUAGGAUAAGUCAGACGGAUUCCCUUAUUCCCCAUCACCAUCCCAAUCCCCCUGUUGCUCAAUCGGUUAGGUCAAUAUAUUUUCAAAAGGGCUGGGAAGAGGGUUCCCUAGUAAAUGACUUUUAACUAAGCAAAAUACCCAUGCAUUUGGCUCCCAAAGCAGUUGUGACCCAGGCCCUGCAGGAGGUGACUCCUGCAGAUAUUUCCUUCCAAAUCAGAUGCAUGAUGCCUAUUAUUUGGGAAAUACAAUCCCUAGCUAGGUGGGAUGGGAAAAAUGGAAGUGACGUUUCUGUUCCUCUCACCCCUGGGAGAUGCUGCAAAUGUGUAGAAAAUGAAAUCCAUGUUGAAUGUGAUAGAGCUGCAGAAAUAUACCUAUUUUUAAUAGUUAACUGACAUUUGAUGUCUUACAGGGAUUCUAAACUGCACCUUAAUUUAGUCCCUAUUUUAAAUCUGCGCCACCAGAUUAAAGAAAUAAAAGGGCAUGUUUGGGGGAGUUAUACCUCACUGUUGCUACUGAUAUCUUGUAUGGUUGGUGAAGAAUUCUACGCCAGAGAAGUGUAAAAUUACUCCAAAUAAGGUCAAUGUUUUGACAAGAACUCAGGUAGAAAUUGCAGGUACGAGUAGUUGAUUUUCACCCCAGAGAUGGACGCUAUGGUGACCUGUGGCCCAGGUAAACUAUUUUCAGAAUGCUGCUCCCUAGUUAAGCGGCAUUGAUCACGGUCCUAAAGAAUGCCGUGAUUAAAUUGGGCUCAACUGUCUUUUACCAUUUGGAUCCAAAGCUUCAUGAAGCACAGAGAGAAACAGCUGAUUGCUUCAGAACAAUUCUAUGCCUAUGGGUCCCAGUCUGGCCGACUUGUUGGACAAGAAGCACUUCCAUGCUGGGCAAAUGAUGGUAGCCAAUGGGGGAAUGUAUCAGAUUCCAAGUUCAGACUGCAGGAUCCAUGAAUGCUGAGUCCUGACGCUGUGGUUUUGUCUCUUAGUUUUGCUCUUGAAUCUAACAUAUUUGUAUCACUUCUCCACCUCCCGCUACUUUGAAAGAUUAGAAAGUGUGAAAAUAGAGCACAGGUGGUUUUUCUCAUGCUGCAACCUUCCUAUGUCGUUUUAGACCCUUUCCACCCACGCUUACGGGAGAAGACCCGGGGAGACAUGAACUCACAGAAAUGGAAGGCUCCUUGGUUAUUGUAGAAUGUGACUUCACACAAAGCUCACUGGGUGGAAAUGGGAAUUAAGAGAAAACUGCCCUAUAGGUUUAUAUUUUGUAAUCUUUGAAUAAGUUGUUACCAGCGACAUGGAAAUUAAACGUGAAGUUAAUUAGUGUAA